AUGUCAACAACAACAGCUGGCCUACAUAGAGGCUAUUCAUGUCCAUCACUUGUAUCGGCUAAAACCACAAAACCGAUCCAGCACUCAUUAUCUGUGUCGCUGAGUGCAUGUCAGCAGCAGCACCAACUUUAUCACCGUCAUCACCAUCAUCACCCCAACCACCAGCAACAGCAGCAGCCACCGCAGCUACAGAGCAAACAAAAGCAGACAAUAGACUUGAGAAAAGAAGAAUUAGAAGAAGAUGAUGACAAGAAACCAACGAAAGAAGAAGAAGCAGUUGUAAAUGAGCAACAAGAAGAUGAUAGUGCCUUUAGUUUGUUGACUGAAGCCAAUCUGAAAGAGCACACCACUCUAACUGCUUAUGGACGCGAAAGUCGACACCGACGAGUCAAGUGCUAUGUCGACUCACAGAUGCAGCUGCUGCGUCUAGAGGCCGAACUAGAGCGGCGACGGCGGAUGGAAAUACGGUCCUUGGUCCCCCUUGACACCCACUCCUAUGACCAAGACGUCAUAUUAUCUGCGAACGACUAUAACGAUGACCAUCCUUUCGAAAACAAUGACGACGACGAUAAAAACAGCAACAACAGCAAUCAUAGUGAAGAUAUUCAUAACCAGCAACGGCGAAAAUCAUCAUCCAAACUAUCCUCUUUCAGCCGAGUGCGACGUUGGUUUAGUCUUAGAAAAUCCCCCUCCUCUGCAUUACGUUCUAAUAGAGGAGCAGAACAGCAACAGCAACUGGACAAAAACAAGAAAAAAUACACGAUUUCGUUUGAGCAGUAUCAACAAGAAAAGGCUGCGCUUGUAGGCCAAGGCUUGAAUGGCUUGAGUAAUCAAAACAUUGCUCGAGCUUUAGGCGCAGGUGGAUUGGCUUCGUUGGUGUUUUCGCCUUCUCCAUCACCUGCUGACGAAAGCCAGAUCACAUCGGUUAUUACUACGACUGCAUCGCAACAACAGCAGCAUAAUCAUCAGAAACGGGAUUCGGGAGUAUCGCUGUUCUCUAGAUCCACUAGCAAAAAAGGUGGCAGUGGUAGUGGUGAUCGGCAAAUGGUACCAGGACAACAACAACAACAACAGCACAACAGCCACUCGGGUAUCAGUCGAAGUAAUAGUUUUGUUACGGCACGGUACCCCAAGAUGAUCCAUCUAAAGGCCCUUCGAGGCGCGGCAAUCCAAGCCUUGUCGUCUGAUUUCUCGUUGGGCGAGGAAAGCAUUUAUUGCUGUACGAAUUCAUCUGACCUUCCAAAUUGCUGCUGCCCGCGGUAA